AUGUUACAGAAAAUUUUAGCCCACAACAAUGAUUUGAAAACUGGUUGGGUUAUCAAAGUAAAUAGAUCCAUUAAUCUACUUCCUUGUUGUAUGGCUUCAUUAAUUGUUGAUAAUCAACAUAAUCAUCACAGUGCGCCAAUGCCUUCUUAUGCCGACUAUAAAACGUCUUAUUCAUCGUAUGAACAGAAAGCACCACUGAAUUCGUCUAGCGAUAAUAUCGGAAAAACAAGUCGAUCAAAUUCUUCAUGUUCUUCGUUUAAUUCCUCCAGUUCACGAUCCUCUUCAUCUUCGUCCACAUCCUCUCAUAGCUCUUUUUCUAGUUCAUCUUCAAAUUCAAUUUUAUCGUUUGAUGCAUUCCAUUCUAAAUAUGAUGGAAAACGAAAACGACCCAUAUUAGACACACCAAAUAAACGCGUAUUCUCAUCGGUUAAUGAUUCAUAUAACAAAUCAAAUACAAAAUCACAUGUAUCAAAAUCAGAAAUUGCUGUUAGAAAACCACGAAGUCAGUCACAACAGCAACAAAUAAAAUUACCGUAUCCUGUCUUAGCUGAUCAUCGUGAUUCACAAUCAAUACUAAUUGUACUUCAAAAAGAAAUUCAAACAACAAAUAAGAAGAUAUGCGAUGUCACAAAACAAAUUGAAGAUAAAGAAAAAAGAUUAGCUACAUCGACCAAUAAUAAUAACCGAAAACUAUUGAAAUAUGAACGUACGAAGUUAAAACAGCAAUUAGACACGCUGAAAAAGCAUGAACGACGUGUGAAUCUACAAAUUGAUUAUAUAACAACAAAAAUGGAAAUCAAAGGUCUGGAAGCUGAAACAAAUAAAAAGAAACUAACAUCGAAUACGACCACAGAUGAACUAUCAGAUAAUACAAAUGGUAAUGGUAAUGCCACUGGUAGUGAAGAAAAUCAACAACAAAUCAAAAUGUUAUGUAGUAAAUUACGACAAAAAUUAGAUAAAAUGAAAGUAUAUAUGAAAGCAAGAAAUGAUGAAAUGAAAAAAGCUUUGUCAUCGACUAAACAACAUAAACAAAAUAACAGAAAUAAACGAUCAACAACAAAUAAUAACGACUAUAACAACAGUAAACAAUCAUCUUCUUCAUCGAACAAUCGAGAGAUGAAAACAAAGGGUAUUGAGAAUAAUAAUAAAGAAAAACAUCGUUCAUCAACAAGUACAAGUCAUCAACAAGCGCCGUCCACAACUUCUAGUCAUAAAAAACCUGUACGUUCAUCUAUAAAUAACGAAAGAAUUCGACCGAAUAAUUUACAUCAAUCAUCGUCUACAGGCUCUCAUUCGUCAACAGUCAGACGAUCUCAUCUAACUAACAACCAAACUAGCACAGCUCCUAAAUUUAAAUUAGCGUCUCGGAUGUCAACAAGUGAAUCAACAAUUAUUAAAUCACACUCAUCACCAUCAGCAAUUACUCCAACUGUCAGAUUCAUUCAAAAAACAAAUGGUGAUCCAGUAAAAAAUUCGACAACAACUACAACGACGAAUAAUAAUCACAUAACAACGAUGACACCACCACCACCAAGUGAAAACUCUAUUGUUAUUCAACAGCCAACUCCUGCCUGUUCGUCAUUUAGUUCAUUGUCACCUGUGUCCUCAUCGUCAAAUGGUGGCUAUGGUACAUCGUCGAUUACAAUGAAUAGUGAUGAAAAAAACACGUUACCUCUAUCAGAACCACUUCAGGAGGAUGCGGAUUCAUUCGAAGAGGAUGAUGAAGAUAUUGAUGUUAGUGACAUAUUUGAUCAAACAGAUGAUGAAAUGAAUGAUGAUGAAUUAGAAAUUGUUGAAUUUAAUGAAGGUGAUAUAUUAAAAUUACAAGCUGAAAUGGAUGCAUUAGAACGACGAUUGAAAUUGAAACGAGAAAAAGAGACGAGAACUAAUGACACAAAAAAAUAA